GCGGCUCCGGAAUUACACCGAGCAAGAGGAAUAUUGCCAAAUCCACGCCAAACCUUGCUGAUGGCCGCCCGGUCACCGGAAUCCGCAGAAGAAUUCUGGCCGCUCAAGGCCGAUCUGUUACUCCUUUGGUCCAGUUUUUGCAGAUCAACCAGGAGCACCAGAUGGAGCAGUACGAUGAGGAGAAGGACUUCCUGGCCGCUGCCAUGCGUGAUAUUGAGUUUGGAGAUGAUGACGACCUCGAGAACGAGGGUCCUGAAUUAUUGAUGCGCUCGGCCCCCUCCUCCCUCCAAAAUACCCUCAGUGCGACGAUGAUGUCCCCCUUGAUGUCGCCCUCCUCUCCAAAUUCGGCCGAUAGCUGCUCGAAGUCCACGAAAACCCUCUCAACACCGACGAGCAAAGACUCCGGCCUCACCAACUCAGAUAAUGAGGAUGGUGUGAUUAGACGCCAAGCCAACUCGAAAUCCGACGACGAUGGCUUUUUCGAUGCCUCUGGAGAGAAGAAAACUGAUGGAGAGGCCAGUGAGGGUGACAGUAUCUUCACUUCGAUCACCAAUCAGCCGAAAGGAGAAGAAGCUGUCGACUCUGAAGAGAAUCGCGGCAAGCCAAUCUCAGAGCUCGAGCGCAAGGCCCGCGUGAUGCGCUGGAUCAACGAGGCUGCGAUUCAGAUC